CAUCCCUCCCCCGCCACUCUCCAUUCAAGCUUGCUUGAGGAGCCAUGUGCCCCGCGAGCGUCCCGAUAGAAGAUGCCCAUCCGAAAGUCCAGCAUCCUCGCCUCCGCCACCGGCAUCAACGCCCUCUAUAACCACUCGAGGACGUCAUACAUUGUACCCCCACGACCGCACGCCGCAAGAGGCUACGCCGACGUCCCGAACAAUGGCCAUUUCGGCGCAGAGUACCCAUGGCCGCAGUGCGCGCACCCGCACAAGCCGCCGACGCCCUACCAGAUCUUCGACCUGUGCAAAGGCGCGCCCUACAGAAAGGACCGCUUCGUCGAGCUGGUCAAGAUCUACCACCCGGACCGCAACCUGCCCUCGCACAUCAAGCCCGACAUAGCAUGCCCGCACGCCGUCCGCCUCGAGCGCUACCGCCUCAUCGUCGCUGCACACGGCAUCCUGUCCGAUCCGGCCAAGCGCAGCGCCUACGACAAGUGGGGCGCCGGCUGGGGCAGCGCCAAAGACAUCAACGUGCCGUCGUACGAGCGGCGGCACUGGAAGCCCGGCCAGGACCCUAUGGGGAACGCGACGUGGGAGGAUUGGGAGCGCUGGUACAACCGCGACAAGAAGAGCGACCAGCACCCCGUCUUCGUCUCCAAUGGCACCUUUGUUGCUUGCAUCAUGCUGGCCAUGGCCCUGGGUGGCUAUGGCCAGUUGCAGCGCGCCGGCAACUUUGGCACCACGCUAAUAGAGCAGCGGGAUAUUGUGCACUCGCAGGCUAGCAAGGAGCUGAAGCGCGCCAGACAGGCCAGUAGGAUUGGCGAUCGCGAUGAGCGGGUAGAGAGUUUCCUCAGGCAUAGAGAUGCUACGACUCAUCGCGAGGAGGCGUACAGGCGGCUCCUCCCAGAGCCGGAAGUCUGUUCCAGCGAGGACGUGAAGGGUGGAAGCGCACUGCCGGGCAGGUCGGCUUGACAAGUGCCGCCGUACAUAAUGAAUAGUGUAGAUAACCGUGGCCAAGGGCGUUUGGGGCGACGGACAGGACUCGGUGGCGUUCAGCAUUCUCUGGGCAGUAUUGAUUUACAUAGCAAGUACGAAGAGAGAGUGGCUCAACUAUGGGCACGUUUCUCGCGCGGCGAAUGACCUCCAACGCUUCGACAUUCCGGGGGACAGCCACGUCAAUGUCGUCAAGGGUCCUGGAGGGCGAGCGGCACGCAUGGCCCCACGUCUGGCUUGAGCGGAGGGGCGCCCACAG